AUGAAGGAUUUCAGCGGCCGGCAAUUAAAUUUUUCCGCAAACCAUUUAGGCGACUUCAACGUGGAGAAGAGGGUCGCCAUACAAAAGGAAAUAUUCAACUGCUGCCCACCCCCAAAACCGCCUUUUUAUUGUUUUCUUCCGUUUUCAUUCUGUUUUUCUUUGCUUUCUUUUAUUUCUCCUGGCAUUUCUCUCGCUCUUUCCCUUUCUUUCAUAAAUUCGUUCAUUUUUCUUUCUUUUUACUUCUUUCCUUGUUUUAUUUCUUUAAUUCAUAAUUCUGUUAAUUUUUUUUCUUUCAUAAAUUGUUCAUUUUUCUUUAUUUUUCUUUCUUUCUUUGUUUUUAUUUAUUUCAUUCACAAUUCUGUUAAUUUUUUUCUUGAUUUUUUCUUUUUUCUUAACUUCGUUCAUUUUUUUUUCCAAUGUUUUUCUUUCAUUCAUUCAUUCAUUCAUAAUUUUGAUCAUUGUCAUUUUUCUUUUUAUUCUUCCUUUCAUUCAUUCAUUCGUUCAUUCAUUCAUUCGUUCAUUCAUUCAUUCGUUCAUUCGUUCAUUCGUUUUAUUCGUUCAUUCUUUUCUUUAUUUAUUUCUUUAAUUCACUCAUUAAUUCGUUCAUUUUUUUCUUUAUUUCAUUCAUUCAUAAAAUAUGCUUUCUUUUUCUGUUAUAUCUUUCCCUUUUCUUUCAUAAAUUCAUUUUUCUGGAUUUUUCGUUCAUUAACUUAUUCAUUGAUUUCUUUCUUUCACAUUCUUUUUCGUUCAUUCAUUUCUUUUUAUUUAAUUCAUAAAUUCGUUCGUUUUUUUUUAUUUUAUUCUGUUAUUUAUUCAUUCAUAAAGUAUCUUUUUUUUCUUUUAUUCAUUUAUAAACACAUUUUUAUUUUGUUUUUUUUUUUUCAUUCUCUCCACCACUUAGUCAUUAAUUUCUUUCUUUCCUUCUCCUCCAUUGAUCUACCUGUAAAUCCUCCCCGUUUGUCCGUUAACAUUUUAUAUCAUUUCUACCCGAUGCCUACCCUCACUUCAACCAGUAGCUGCUCAAUCUACCCAACCCCGAUAGCUUUCGCCAGUUUUUCAUUUUUAUGCCAAUUUUUUUACCCUCACUAUUACUUUGACUUUUGUCUACCUUCUUCACUCGAAAUCCCAUGCCAAACCCAUGUUUCUUCUCUUUUUUCUCCUUCCCUCAAUCCCUCAUUAUGUGUCGUCUGUUUUUCAAUCCUUUCCUCCAUUUUCGCCUUUACUGUGUUUAUUCCCGCGCUUAAAUUAAUUUUUCUUUCUUACUCAUUUAAUAUUUUCUUCUUUAUCUCAAUCUUUCUUUCUUUCUUUCUUUCUUUAUUUAUUUAUUUAUUUAUUUCCAUCCAUUUAAUAUUUGUCUUUCCUUUCUUCCCUAAUCAUUUGAUUUCUUUCAUUCUUUUUCUUUCUUUUUUCUUUUUGUUUAUUUCUUUCUUUUGUUACUUUAACAUUUAA